CACAAUUCAAAGAACAUUUUCGAGUUUUCGUCUAAAUUCAUACACUAUUAUGGCACAGCAUCAGCAAAUACUGAAGUCUAGAGUUGUCAAAAUAGACUCUGAAGAAACAUGGGAUUUCUUUGCAUCUCAAGCUAAUAAACAAGGAUGUCCUGUUAUAGUUCACUUUACAGCUUCAUGGUGCAUGCCUUCAGUAGCCAUGAAGCCAUUUUUCGAACGACUGGCCUUAAGUCAUCGCGAUAUUUUUUUUCUACGGGUGGAUGUCGAUGAGGUUAAGGAGUUAGCAUCAAAGAUGGAGAUUAAGGCCAUGCCCACUUUUUUGUUCAUGAAGGAAGGGGCUGUGGUGGAUAAGCUUGUGGGUGCCAAUCCAGAGGAAAUCAAGAAGAGGGUUGUUGGAUUAAUCAGCUAAAAUCAUUGAUUCAUUCUGGUUGGGGCGAUGAUGAUCCGACUAAAUAGUACUGCAUAUUUCUUGUAUGUUUAAAACAAGAAUAAUUGUGUCAAGAAAUGAUUAUUUGUGCUCAUAUCAGAAUUCUCAGAGUAAUUCUAAAAUUUCAAAUACACAAAAACGAAAUAUAUGGUGGUCGAUUCAACU